AUGGUUCUAGGCCACUUCUUCGGCAGGCCGUUGAUCCUCCCCGAUGAAUAUUUCACAUACGAGGACACCGUGCGACGGAAGAAAAAACUCAACCGAGAGGAACAUUUUCAUGAGCUUGAACAGCGCAUUCAGUCUUUACAAGACGAAUUAAAUCAAGCACAUGCGUCCAAGAGACAGCGACUGCUGAGUGAUGAGGACACAGGCCCAGAGCAUAUCCAACGGUCAGAAGCGUCCGAUUCAGAGUUACCAUCUCCGAGAAAUGACACCGCCCCAGCAUCUUUCGAGGCCGAGGCCGAUCGAGACGAUGGCGAUGGAGGGUCAUAUACCCUUAAAACUCCGAAAGGCUCAAUGCGAUUUUUUGGUGCAUCCUCUCAUUUUUCAAUUGUUGCCCCUGAGGGUGUGGGCUGGCUUGAAAGCAAGACGGGUAACAAUACCUUAUUCGUGAAUAUUUUGACACGUUCGACAAGGCCCUACCUCGACCCUAAUGUCCCUUCUCAUAUUAAGCAUGAAUUUUGGAUGAUCAAUGCCCUACCAGCUGGUCCUCGCAGUCUAAAACACAGUACGUCUCUUUGUACGAUGCCAGACGAUUUUGAGGCUGGAUACGGUGGUGCACAAGCGGAAGCAGUCACGUUAACAGCCGAUCACACUCCGGGUAAACCUAGCUGGAUUACAUUUUGUGCUGGGGUGUGGUCUGUGUUGCAAUUUCAGACGAAAGUCUGGUAUCAACCUGCACAGAAAGCAGCAAUUGUGAAAAACGGUGAAUUUCUUUAUAAUAUGAUACACAACACACCAGAGCGACUCCUCGCGCAUGAGUUCACCCACGGGCAUACCCAAUUUGGUGCUUAUCGUGCAAUGGAUAAAGCGUAUGGCUGGGGACCUAUCGUUGCGCUUGCUAAAAAAGACAACGCUCAAACUGAUGCUACCCAGUCACUGGCUGUCAUAAAUGCUGAUACUUUCACAUAUUGGAUCAAUGGUAAGUUGCAGAGAUCCUUAUGGCUCCUCUUCGCAUGUGAGUAUCUCUGCUUAUUUGGUAUCCCCGGGGCCCAGUUUUGA